CGCCGUUCGCCGUAGUGACGUCGUUUCCAAAACAAGGAACGGCUUGUCAGUGAUUACUGCUGUGCUUGAAGUUGUGCUAUUUCGAGUCAUAGUUAACUUUUGUUAUGAUGUCUCAAGAUCCCUGGUUGCAGAAUUAUGACACCACCUGCCGCCUUGCCCAGGAGAUAGCAGAAAAUAUCCAUGAAAGAAACAGGCAGCAGCGAACGGGGGGAAACCCUGCAAAGAUAAAUAUGACGUUAAGAGCGUCCCUUCAGAAACUCAAACAGAAUAUUGCUCAGCUCAAAGAAGGCUUGUUAAGGAGCUCCUCGUCUCGGCGCAUAAUGCAGUCGGAAGCUGACAGGAGGCAGAACCUGAUUGAUAAUCUGCUAACCAGAGAGAAGCAACUCAAUGCCACCUUCAAAGGAGACAUCACAGAGCCUGAACCGUCCAGAUCCACGUUGAUGAGCGGAGGAGCAGCAGCAGCAGGUACUCCCAACCCGUGGCUCGUUGAGGAGUCAGAGGAGACGAAGGGGCUAUCCUUUGGAGAGAUUAAACAACAGCAACAGAGAAUCAUUGAGGUCCAGGACGCAGGCCUGGAUGCACUGGCAGCUGUCAUCAGCCGACAGAAGAUAAUGGGCCAAGAGAUCGGCAACGAGCUGGAUGAACAGAACGAAAUCAUUGACGACCUUGCACAUCUCGUGGACAAAACAGACGGCAGGAUUCGGAAUGAGACACGAAGAGUGAAGCUGGUAGAGACCAAGUCGGCGUCAUGCGGGAUGCUGGUGGUGAUCGUGUUGCUGCUCAUAGCCAUCGUUGUGAUCGCUGCGUGGCCCGUGUAGCUGAUGGAGGUGGCGGCGGAUGUGGACCAGUUUAAAUCACAGAUCCUCACUGAAAUACUGUCUUCGGUCUUCUGUUCUCUCUUUUGAUCACUGGAAACUAUCAAACUAAAAGAAUGUGAAAUAAAAUUUCCUCCAUUUAGCAGCACAAAUGCUUGUUUUUAUACUGUGGGCAGAAGAGGCUUGAGGACGUUUCCUUCUCUGUCCUGUACAUACUGUGGGAAUAUGAAUCGUCUUUUACUGUAGUGAACGUAACGUUCGGAUCACUGCUUCCAAUGAUCAUCUGGAUGUUAAAUUAUUUGGCAGAUUGUGAACUUUUUUUUUUUUUAAUGUAGUUUAGUCCAAACAAACAGGACCUCCCGCAGGUCUACAGUCUCUCUGUGGCUGAAUUCAGGUUUACAUCAGGUACAAUAGCCUUUUCACAUUCUCAUUUAUUUACUCGUGCAUUGCUGUAGCAGCUGUAAUGAUAUAAGUUUGCUAGCACUUUCUAAUGUUUAUCGAACAGACUGUAGCCAGAACUAACAGUUACCAACAUGCCUCUGUGACUUCCUGUUAAAUCAGCUCUGCUUGUAAUAUCUAAUAAAUGACUUUCAGUUAAUAGUCCCUUGA